AAAUAGCUAAACUGGCCACACUGGCGUCCGCAUUCUGCGUAAUUCUUUUCAACAAUUCGCUUGAGCAUAAAUAAAUAAAUCGAGGUAUAAAUACAUAAACGAAUAACUUGAUAAUUGCACGAAUUGAAAGCGGUAAACCGAAUCGAACGAGAGCAGACUAACAAGCCAAAUCGGGGAACAGUAUGAAAAUGGUGUUGUCGCAACGGCAGCGCGAGGAGCUUAACCAAGCGAUUGCCGAUUAUCUGGGCUCAAAUGGCUACGCCGACUCUCUGGAGACCUUCCGAAAGGAGGCCGAUAUUAGCACAGAGGCAGAAAAGAAGUUUGGCGGACUGCUCGAAAAGAAAUGGACGUCCGUCAUCCGGCUACAGAAGAAGGUGAUGGAAUUAGAGGCUAAACUGACCGAAGCUGAGAAAGAGGUCAUCGAGGGUGCGCCCACAAAGAACAAACGAACGCCCGGCGAGUGGAUACCGCGGCCGCCAGAGAAAUAUUCCCUGACCGGUCAUCGGGCCAGCAUAACUAGGGUAAUAUUUCAUCCCAUUUUUGGGUUAAUGGUCUCCGCAUCCGAGGAUGCUACCAUUAAGAUCUGGGACUUUGAAACUGGAGAGUACGAGCGCAGUCUCAAGGGACACACAGACUCGGUGCAGGAUGUGGCAUUCGAUGCCCAGGGCAAGCUUUUGGCUUCCUGCAGCGCGGACUUGUCCAUCAAAUUGUGGGAUUUCCAGCAGAGCUAUGAAUGUGUCAAAACCAUGCAUGGUCACGAUCACAAUGUUUCGUCGGUGGCCUUUGUGCCCGCCGGCGACUACGUUCUGUCCGCAUCGCGAGAUCGCACCAUAAAAAUGUGGGAGGUGGCAACAGGUUACUGCGUGAAAACCUACACAGGCCAUAGGGAGUGGGUGCGAAUGGUGCGAGUGCACAUCGAAGGCAGCAUCUUUGCCACAUGCUCAAAUGAUCACACAAUACGUGUUUGGUUGACGAAUUCAAAAGACUGCAAGGUUGAAUUACGCGAUCAUGAGCAUACCGUGGAGUGCAUUGCCUGGGCGCCGGAAGCCGCAGCCUCGGCGAUAAACGAGGCAGCUGGAGCUGACAACAAGAAGGGCCACCACCAGGGUCCAUUUCUUGCAUCCGGUUCUCGCGACAAAACCAUUCGCAUUUGGGACGUCAGCGUCGGCCUUUGCCUGUUAACGCUGAAUGGCCAUGACAAUUGGGUUCGUGGUCUGGCAUUCCAUCCGGGCGGCAAGUACCUGGUCUCGGCCAGCGAUGACAAGACCAUCAGGGUCUGGGACUUGCGUAACAAGCGAUGCAUGAAGACGCUAUACGCGCAUCAGCAUUUCUGCACCUCCAUAGAUUUUCACAAAGCGCAUCCGUACGUCAUUAGCGGUAGCGUAGAUCAAACAGUUAAGGUCUGGGAAUGUCGUUAAAUUGAAAGGAACGUUCGGCAAAGGAAGGGUUCUUCUGCUUACUUCUCAAUUUAAAUAAUAAAUAAAGUUAAUAUAUUGAAUCACAACAGCCCACACACACACACACAUACGAGCAGUCUCAGCCACCUACGCGAAGGUUUAUUUUCUUAGACGCUUUCUGUGUCAGCGUCCGAAUGCAAAAUAUAAACGUAAUUGUAUUUAAAAUCUGAAUGAAUGAAACUGGCGAAAAACGAAUUAUUUAUUUAAUUGUACGACCCUCUAACUAAACUAACUAACUACCUACCUACUAUAUACAAAGUACAUAUACAUUAAUGCCUAAUGAAAUAUACACCUACCUACGAUUAUCGUUUAAACUUUAAAGUAAUGCCACGCCUCCUCCUUUACCAAUCACAAGUACGCAGGCUCGCUAAGCGUAGGAUUCGUCGCGAAUGGAGAGAGUAUUAAUGCCGUUCAUUCGACAAAUACAGAUCCAUCCACAAAAAUGUACCCAAGCACUCGCAUAAACUUGAGAAAUUCAAUAUCGCCGUGUUGAUAUCUUUAAAAGUGUUUGCUAACUUUGAAUAAUGACAGCAAAUGAUGGAAAGUAUUUCAGUUACUUGGACAAAAACUUGUAAUCACAACAAGAGCUUCAUUAUUGAGAAUUAACUUCCUUUUUACCAUAAGUUUGAGGUAAUUUUACGAUAACAACGAUUUGCUUCAUUUUUUUUACUCUACACUACGAGUCCCCCGAGUCCUGUUUUGUGUUCUUUUUUGUCGCGAAAGGAUCUUCACACAAAAACAACAAAAUCUAUCAAAAUGCUUACAAGUUUAAGUUGGCUUUAAGUUCAAAAUAUGAUUUAUUUUUACGGUUUACAUAGUAGAAAAAUGCUGCAAAUUUAAUUGUAAUAGUUUGUUUAAGUGCAACCGCAAAAAAUAUACAUAUAUAAAUAUUAUACUAUACAAAUAAUUAUUUGUGGAAAAAAAACAAAAACAAAAUGUUCAUAUAAAUGUAUGCGAAGAAACACCAGCAAUUAUAGAAAAGAAUUUUUGGAUUUAAAAGAAAUCGAAUUACGGAAAAUCAAUAAAAACUCGCUUCUUUAAGAAA